GAAGUAAUUUUGUUGGUGAGUUGGCAGAUGGCCGGUUUCUUCGGUUUUCAAGCCAAUCUCCAACGCCUACCUUCCUUCGUGAUCUCCACCAAGACAGCUAAUUAUUAUACCUAAUGUCAUAAAAUCAAACUUGGCAUGCAUACUCUCCUUCACCUGCGCCUUGCUUCUUCCUCUAGUUCCCACUCUCUCUUGGCAAUGUCUGCUGCUACGGCCUCUCUCGCUCUCCCUUCUUCUCUUUCUUCGCUCCGCUCCGAUGGAGCUGUUUCACCUCGAUGCUUCCGCAUCAACAAUCUCUCUCGGUCUCGGGUUUUCAUGAGCGUCUCUAUUGGAUCCCAACCUGUUGUCGAUGAUGCCUUGUUCGCCGAUUACAAGCCUGCCUCCGCUUUCCUUUUUCCUGGUCAGGGCGCACAGGCGAUUGGAAUGGGAAAAGAAGCACAGAGUGUGCCUGCUGCUGCCGAAUUGUAUAACAAGGCAAAUGAUAUAUUAGGUUUUAAUCUUCUGGAUGUUUGCAUCAACGGUCCUAAGGAAAAAUUAGAUUCAACUGUCAUAAGCCAGCCUGCUAUUUAUGUCACCAGUCUAGCUGCUGUGGAGCUGCUUCGUGCUCGCGAUGGAGGCCAGCAGAUUAUUGAUUCUGUUGAUGUCACCUGUGGCCUCAGCUUGGGAGAAUAUACUGCACUAGCAUUUGCCGGGGCUUUUAGCUUUGAGGAUGGACUCAAGCUGGUUAAGCUAAGAGGAGAAGCAAUGCAGGAAGCUUCUGAUGCUGCUAAAAGUGCUAUGGUCAGUAUCAUAGGACUUGAUUCGGAGAAGGUUCAGCAAUUAUGUGAUGCUGCCAACCAAGAAGUUGAUGUAGCUGAUAAAGUUCAGAUUGCAAAUUACUUGUGUCCUGGAAAUUAUGCAGUCUCUGGAGGUCUGAAGGGAGUGGAAGCAGUGGAAGCUAAAGCAAAGUCAUUCAAGGCUCGGAUGACAGUGCGUUUAGCUGUUGCUGGUGCUUUUCACACUAGUUUCAUGGAUCCUGCAGUCUCAAGAUUGGAAGCUGCAUUGGCAGCAACCCGGAUCAGAACUCCAAGAAUACCUGUUAUAUCAAACGUUGAUGCUCAGCCACAUGCAGAUUCUGAGACAAUAAAGAAGAUACUAGCACGUCAGGUGACUUCUCCUGUUCAAUGGGAAACAACAGUGAAAACUUUGCUGACUAAAGGGCUGAAGAAGAGUUAUGAGUUGGGGCCUGGAAAGGUUAUAGCGGGCAUUGUGAAGAGAAUGGAUAAAAGUGCCGAGAUUGAGAACAUUGGUGCUUGAGGGGUCAUUAUAUGUGGCUACUUGAGUUAAUUCAUACAAACAUAUCAAAAAAUGGUGUAGCACUUUGUGGUGAGAGAAGAGUUUAGUUGUUCAGUUCAAACCAAGAAAAGAUAGUUUAAGUUUUGAGCAGUUAUGUCCAGAUCGAGGACUGUCUAGCCACGUUGAUGCUAGUUUGUAAUGACGGUUUUUUGUCAGAAUGUCGUGUUUCAGUUAGGAAAAGACCAAGUUCAUCAGGCAGGAAGAAAUAGCUAAGCUCACUCUUCCAUUUCAUCAUCUUUAAUUUAUUUGACCUGCAAUGGCAAACCUGAACUAGUUUGUUUCCGGUGA